AUGCUUUCAUUUGUCUCUCAACGUUACUGGAUUCUAUCAGCGCGCAGCUUAGCAAAAUCCGUGCUCCGUAAAUGCGUAAUCUGUUUCAAAUACACAGCGAAGGUGCAUCAGCAGCAAAUGGGAAAUUUACCCGCAGUUCGUCUUCAACCAACCAAACCGUUUCAGCACAGUGGACUCGACUACGCUGGUCCCAUAACACUAAAGCUUUCACUACUUCGCAAAGCGGCAACCACAAAAGGCUAUAUCUGCCUGUUCAUUUGCAUGUGCACGAAGGCCAUACACCUUGAAGUAGUUUCAAGCUUAAAUACUGACGCCUUUAUCGCCGCAUUUUGUCGCUUUGUAUCAAGGAGUGGUCGAUGCAGCGAUUUAUACUCUGAUUGCGGUACUACAUUCGUAGGGGCUAACAAAGAGCUAAAGGUUUCCUUUCAGCAGCAAAAGGUUUCGCUCCCCGAACAUCUUGCUGCCGCACUUGCAAAUGAAGGUACGACAUGGCACUUCAUUCCGCCCGCUUCACCAAAUUUCGGAGGCUUAUGGGAAGCGGCGGUUAAGUCGACUAAACAUCAUCUAAGACGAAUAAUGCGAGAUCGGGUGCUUACUUUUGAAGAACUCAGCACGCUUCUUGCACAAAUUGAAAGUUGCUUGAAUUCUCGGCCGCUCUGCCCAUUGUCAGCAUAUCCCACUGAUCAUCAAGCGUUGACACCUGCACACUUUCUUGUAGGUGAACCCACAACUUGCGUCUCAGAGGAGAGCCUGCUUGACUCUAAUAUCGACCACCUGACCCGCUGGAAACUAGUUGAGCGCCUAAAGCAACAUUUCUGGCAUCGAUGGGCUAACGAAUACUUACACACUCUACAAACUCGCACCAAGUGGACACAAGUUCAAAAAAAUCUUCGCGUCAACGACAUCGUUUUGCUGCAACAUGAGCGUAGCGCUCCUGGCUAUUGGCCGUUGGCGAGAGUGCAUGAGAUACAUCCCGGUGCAGAUGGUCUAGUAAGGGUCGUUACGCUUUUCUGUAAUGGCAAACUUGUGAAGCGGCCGAUUUCUAAAAUUUGUUUGCUGCCCAUCAAUGGUAACACUGACACCACUGCCGAUGUUUUGUAA